UUUGUUAUAUGAUGUAAUAUGAAAAGUUUGAGUAUCUAUUUGAUACAUAUAGAUAUAUAACGGAUGGAUUUCUGGCCGGAGUUUCUUGCAAGCAGUUGGGGAAGAGAAUUUAUCGCAGGAGGAUUUGGAGAAAUAGCAGGAAUUAUCGCAGGUCACCCACUUGAUACCGUUAGAAUCAAGCAACAAAGUGGCGGAGGUGGUUCUGCAUACCACAUUUUCAAGAAUAUCGCAUCUAAAGAAGGACCACUUUCUCUGUAUAGAGGCAUGGGUACCCCUCUUGCCUCUGUUGCCUUUCAGAACGCGUUAGUUUUUCAAUGCAACGCCUCAUUAUCACGAGCAUUUGACCCAUACAUUCCUGCCACAAUACCUCCAUCGUACGAAAGUGUUGCUCUAAGUGGCACCUUGACUGGUGCCGUACAAAGUCUCAUGGUUACACCAAUCGAACUUGUAAAGAUUCGGCUACAAUUGCAAAACCAAACUACACAAGAACAAACCAAAAAAGGCCCAUCAGAUGUCACAAAACAAAUAAUAAAAACCGAAGGUUUGAAAGGCAUGUUUCGAGGGUUAACCAUAACUACAAUAAGAGAUGCACCAUCAUACGGUGUCUACUUCUGGACAUACGAAUAUGCUCGAGAGAAGCUUCACCCUGGCUGUCGUAAAGAUGACCAAGAAAGCUUCACCACAAUGCUCGUGGCCGGAGGACUCACUGGAGUCGCGAGUUGGGUUUGUUGUUAUCCUGUGGAUGUGGUCAAAACAAGACUUCAAGCUCAAACACCGAACUCAACGGUGAAGUAUAAUGGAAUCUUGGAUUGUUUCCGAAAGAGCAUUACAAAUGACGGUGCUAGUACGCUAUUUCGGGGUCUAGGAAGUACAGUUUUUCGAGCUUUCAUCGUGAAUGGUGCCGUUUUUAUGGCUUACGAAUCGACUUUACGAUGUUUUUUCAGUAACAAUAGCUAUUCCAGAAAAACCUAACUUUAAGUUUGAAAAAAGAAAAAUUGUACAUAUUGUGUAACAUAAUUCGUAGAAAAGUGAUAAAUAUGACUAUAAACAUGUCUAAAAUACGUAUUAUAUGUAUCAUCACUAUUUUUUUCCUCUGUA